CACGAAUCCGAGAGAAGGAAAGACAAGAUUGCCCGCCCCUCUUGCUGUCUAUACGGUGAAUCCUAGUCUUCCAUCUAAAGGAGUGACUUGGCCAGAUCCUCAGUGGACACUACGUACCCAGCUUCUUCCGCUAGCUCCGGACUGGAGGAGACGUUUUUUUUUUCUUGCUCUUGAUCAUUCACUUUAAACCCACCCAAACCACAGACAAGAAGAUUAGAAAAAUGUCCGAACCGGGACCCGAGUCUAUUCCUACGAGUGCGGAUCCGCGCAGCAAGCGGCCCCUCAAGCGGCGCGCGAUCACCCCGGUCUCCGAGCAAGCGUCGCAAAUUGAAUCGCUCUUCCGCGAUCCGAACAAGGAGAUCCAGCUGCCGAGAUCGACCAAGGAGCGGAAAGUGUUCUCGCUGGCGGCACCGCCGGAGAUCGUGGCCAACGUACAGGGGUCUUCGUCCGGGGCGGGCUCCGGGGAAUUCCACGUCUACAAGGCGAGUCGGCGGCGGGAGUACGAGCGGCUCCGGCUGAUGAAUGAGGAGACGGAGAAGGAAAAGGAUAACGCCGAGUGGGAGCAGAAGCAGUCGGAGGCGAAGCGCAAGGAUGAUGAGAAAACGGAGAAGAACCGCCGCAAGCGAGAGAAGAGGAAGGCGGCCAAGAACGGGAACAACGGUAAGAAAGACGAGAUGGAGGUUGACAAGCAGGUGAAGCGUGGGGUGGCUAAGCCCAUGAUCAUCAACCGGGCAAAGGAUGGCGAGCAAGGCCAACAUCAACAACAGACCUCUGCGGAUGGGGGUGCAGAUGCAUCGGCCUACGAGGUCCCAGGAGUCAUUAUCCAUGAUGAGGAUUGACCAUCAUGCUUACGGAGGGGGGGGGGG